CCUAAGUCUAUUCAAAUGUGCAAAGCACAUUUGUGCACCGAACUCGUUUUCCUCGAUGCAAUAUUUAGUGCGUUUUAUCCGACCUUUUAUUUAAUAUUAUAUUAUAUUAUUCUAAAUGUCAUUUAUGUCUUUCUUUACAAGUCUUUCUGUUACGUUAUCGUUAUUUAAUCGUGGUAGAAUGUGAAAAAUGUGGUGCCUAACAGUUAUAUGUCAUGCUACUGUUUGCUGAGGCCCCUGUCGGUUUUAGGCAGAGACUGUCUCAGACUCACACAGACACCUCGCUUCUGGACUCCAGCGCAGAGACAUGUCUCCAGACCACUGUCUGCUCUUCACACCGCUGCUCCCCUCCAGCACACCGGCCUGCUGAAGCGAGUAACUCCCCUCAUCCCUUCAUUGAUGCUCCAGCCGGUCAGGAACUUAACAUAUUACAGUCUGAGGAAAGGCAAGAGGAAGUCUGUGAAGUCGGUGGUUCAAAGGUUUCUCAGGCUACACUGUGGCCUGUGGGUGAGGAGAAAGGCUGGAUAUAAGAAAAAGCUGUGGAAGAAGUCAGCGGCCCGCAAGAAGCGCCUCAGAGAACAUGUAUUCUGUAAUAAAACUCAAUGUAAAUUAUUAGACAAAAUGACAACAUCCUAUUGGAAAAGAAGAAACUGGUACCUCAACGACCCGUACCAGAAAUACCAUGAUAGAGUGAACCUGAAGGUGUAAAACCCUCUUAACCUUAUUCUGUGUUCAAGCAAAUAAAGACAUGAGACAUGAA